GGUCAUAUGUCAACAUGAAGUUUUGCGUUAUCAUAGCGGGCAUAGCGGCAAGCCAAGCGGUAUUUAAUAAUAUUAAUUAGUCGCUUUGUUGCAGUCAGUCAGUAGUUUACACACUUUCAGAAUGGCAAGGUUUCUGGGGGUGAUUUUAAUCGUUCAAGCAAUAGCUUAUUCUCAAUGCUUCUUCCAUCGUUAUCCAGAGCUUAAUUUGGGUGAAAAGGAUGGCGGAGACGCCGGCGAGCCACUAUUCCUGACUCCGUACAUCGAGAGCGGGAACAUUACUGAAGGCAAGCGGCUGGCGCGCGUGCCGUUCACAGAAAGUCUGCGAAUCAAGAGCUAUGCCGGCUACAUCACGGUCAACAAGACUUAUGACUCUAAUCAGUUUUUCUGGUACUUCCCGAGCAUGUCGCCUAACAAAGAGCUGGCGCCGGUCAUCGUGUGGCUGCAGGGUGGCCCCGGCGCGACGUCUCUCUACGGCCUGUUCACAGAAAACGGCCCGAUCCGCGUGAGGAAUAACAAGUUUGAGCGCAGGAAGUACAAUUGGGCUUUGAAUCACCAUAUUAUUUAUAUUGACAACCCUGUCGGCACUGGAUUUAGCUUUACUAAGCACCCGGAAGGCUACUGCACUGAUGAGACACAAGUCGGUGAGCAUCUAUACUCUACUUUGACUCAGUUCUUUAAGCUCUUCCCUGAGCUUCAGCAGAAUAAAUUCUUUGUAACUGGCGAGUCUUACGGCGGGAAGUAUGUACCAGCGCUCGCUUAUACUAUUCACAAGAAGAACCCUACAGCCGAAACCAAAAUUAACUUGAAGGGUAUUUCCAUUGGCAAUGGAUUAAGUGACCCGGAGCAUCAGCUUAUUUACAGCAAAUAUUUGUACCAAAUAGGCCUCAUUGACUGGAAUGCACAGAAGGUUUUCGAGAAUUAUGAAGCUAAAGCUAGAAGCUACAUUCAAAAUAACCAAUGGGAUGAAGCAUUUGAUACCUUUGAUACGCUCCUGAAUGGAGACUUAAUUGAUGGGAAAAGCUACUUCUACAAUGUCACCGGAUUUAACUUUUAUUUCAACUACUUGCACUCCAAAGAAUAUACAAGUUCAGAGACUGGAGAUGACUUCGGGCCUAUGAUCCAGAAGAGUGCUGUCCGCAAAGAAAUCCAUGUCGGAGACAUGCCAUUCAAUGAUGGAAAGGAAGUAGAGAAGCAUUUGAAACAAGAUGUUAUGAAGUCAGUUGCUCCAUGGAUUUCUGAGCUACUAGACAACUAUUACUGUGUCAUUUACAACGGACAACUAGACAUCAUUGUCGCAUAUCCUUUGACUCUCAACUACUUGCAGAACCUGAACUUUACUGGUGCUGAUGAGUACAAGACGGCUAAACGCUACAUCUGGCAGGUGGACGGAGAAAUCGCCGGCUAUGUUAAGCAAGCUGGGAAACUUGUAGAGAUCAUGGUUAGGAAUGCUGGUCAUAUGGUCCCCAGUGAUCAGCCAAAGUGGGCUUUAGAUCUGAUCACUAGGUUCACUCAUGAAAAAACCUUUUACGAUAAGAAAACUGAGUAUAAAGGUCAUUAAUUAUACUGUAAUUUAAGUAUAAAGUGUAAUGAGGCUUAGGUGUUUUGUUACUAUGUAAAUGAGUACUCAUCCAUGAGUCAUACUCAUGUUCAUGUUAAGUUUAUGUUGAUUUAUCGUUUUGUAAUAAAUGCCUACUUUUAUAGUAAUAAA